UUGUCCAGCCCUAGCUAGCUAUAGAAUAUCAACGUCUUAAAGUGUAAACACACAUACACACACAACAUUGUUUUCAUAUAUACCUAGCUUAGCUAAGCUAGUAUCACAGCCCACAUAAGCACACAGAAACACACUCCAAAGAACACACGCCAAGAAACCACCGAAAAGCAACAAGCCAUGGGGGUGGAAAUCCUGAGCUCCAUGGUGGAGCACUCCUUCCAGUACUCUUCCGGCGUGUCCACGGCCACGACGGAGUCAGGCACCGCCGGGACACCGCCGAGGCCUCUGAGCCUACCUGUCGCCAUCGCCGACGAGUCCGUGACCUCGUGGUCGGCGUCGUCUCGGUUCAAGGGCGUGGUGCCGCAGCCAAACGGGCGAUGGGGCGCCCAGAUCUACGAGCACCACGCUCGCGUCUGGCUCGGCACGUUCCCAGACCAGGACUCGGCGGCGCGCGCCUACGACGUAGCCUCGCUCAGGUACCGCGGCCGCGACGCCGCCUUCAACUUCCCCUGCGCGGCCGUGGAGGGGGAGCUCGCCUUCCUGGCGGCGCACUCCAAGGCUGAGAUAGUGGACAUGCUCCGGAAGCAGACCUACGCCGAUGAACUCCGCCAGGGCCUGCGGCGCGGCCGUGGCAUGGGGGCGCGCGCGCAGCCGACGCCGUCGUGGGCGCGGGAGCCCCUUUUCGAGAAGGCCGUGACCCCUAGCGAUGUCGGCAAGCUCAAUCGCCUCGUAGUGCCGAAGCAGCACGCCGAGAAGCACUUCCCCCUGACGCGCACGCCGGAGACGCCGACCACCACCGGCAAGGGCGUGCUGCUCAACUUCGAGGACGGCGAGGGGAAGGUGUGGAGGUUCCGGUACUCGUACUGGAACAGCAGCCAGAGCUACGUGCUCACCAAAGGCUGGAGCCGCUUCGUCCGGGAGAAGGGCCUAGGUGCCGGCGACUCCAUCCUAUUCUCGUGCUCGCUGUACGAACAGGAGAAGCAGUUCUUCAUCGACUGCAAGAAGAACACUAGCAUGAACGGAGGCAAAUCGGCGUCGCCGCUGCCGGUGGGGGUGACUACCAAAGGAGAACAAGUUCGCGUCGUUAGGCUAUUCGGUGUCGACAUCUCGGGAGUGAAGAGGGGGCGAGCGGCGACGGCAACGGCGGAGCAAGGCCUGCAGGAGUUGUUCAAGAGGCAAUGCGUGGCACCCGGCCAGCACUCUCCUGCCCUAGACUUGUUUUAGUUGUAAACAGCACAUAUACCGCUGCACAAAAGUAUACUGAUGAGCGAUGACAACGUUAAUAUCACCUAUGGAGAUUUAUUUGAAGCAGAAAAGAUUGAAAUCUAUCUAGGUUUGCAUGGAUGGUAAGAAGAAGUCAUAAUGUAUUUUAUUUAAAUUGCUA